UCAGUCAAAGUGCAAACAUUUCAUGAAAUACACCAAAACUACUCAAACAAACCAUUAAUUAUCACUUCUUCUCACUCUUCAAACAAGUGCUCAAAACACACCUCAAAGACAGUGAUGUCUUCGGAGUAUGUCUUCACUAAUGACACGCCGGUGGUUCAAUUGGACGCUGAGAUCGCCUUCAAUGGUCUCACAGACGAAGAGAGACUUUACGCGCAUUACUUGUCGAAGAGCUGUUGGUUUGGAUCCAUUGUCUGCUUGUUUCAGACUUCUCCCGAAUCUCCGCUUAUAUUCACUCUCUUUCGGCGUUUAUUUGCCGAACAAUCGGUCGAAGAGUUGAAGGCUUUGGCCCAAAGUGUGGCUCAAUUUGAGGACAACGAGUGGCGGGCAUUAUUAGUGUAUUUGUCGGCGUUUUUGUCAAAUAUGGGAAAUUAUCGCUCUUUCGGAGACUCGAAAUUCAUUCCCGAUUUGUCCGCCAAUAAAAUGGACGCUUUUGUCCGCAAUUCCACCGCUUUUUGCAACAAUCAAAAGGAAUUGGAAUUCAUUUGGACUAAUGUUAAGCAAAGAAUGUUUUCUCUCGAGAAAAACGAAUUGAGUCUCGCUUUCGCUCCAGAAAAUUUAGUCUUUAAUUCGGUUUUGAAGAGUUGUCUUGUACCUAACAGACUUCUGAAUCUCCUUUCACUAAUAGAAGCCGGCUGCUGUGCGACGGAUCCGAAGUUUGUGUUAACGCGCGGCGAUUAUUCACCGCUUCUGAAGAUUGCGAACAAAUACUUAUUGAAAGCGAAAGAAUUUGCGAGAAAUGAGACCGAGAGUCAAAUGAUUGACCAAUUCAUCCGUCACUUCCAAUCUGGAGAUCUUCGCCGCCAUAAAGACGGCUCUCGAUUCUGGAUUCGCGACAAAAAGCCGAUUGUGGAGACAUAUAUGGGAUUCAUUGAGAACCUUAGAGAUCCGGCGGGAAUGCGGGCAGAAUUUGAAGGCAUUCAAUUUAGCGCACAAAAACUAGUGUUAAAAAGCUUACGCGGGAGAAAAGACGGUAAGCUUCCGUGGCCUAAAGAGUUCGAAAAGGAUUGCUUCCUUGAGCCGGACUUUACUUCACUGGAUGUGUUGACAUUCGCGGGUUCGGGAAUUCCGUACGGAAUUAAUAUUCCCAACUAUUUGGAGAUCAGACAAAACGAAGGUUUUAAGAACGUGUCGCUCGGGAAUGCGAUUACCGCCGCUUUAAGUGAUCCCAAACCCAACUUCUUGAGCGCCGACGACGCGAAACUCACCGAAAAGUAUAUAAUCGACAGUUUGGAGGUUCAGAUCGGACUCCACGAGCUUUUGGGUCACGGAAGCGGAAAACAGCUCCAAAUAGUAGACGGAAAACCCAACUUUGAUUCCGAGAAAACCAUAAACCCGUUGACUGGCGACAAAGUGGACAAGUGGUACAAAACGGGCGAAUCCUAUGACUCUGUGUUCGAAUCUCUCGGCAGCGCUUACGAAGAAUGUCGCGCCGAAAGCGUCGGUCUUUAUCUGAGUCUCGAACCCGAAGUUUUAAAAAUCUUUGGCUUUUCGGGAGCCGAAGCCGAUCACGUGGUUUACGUCAAUUGGCUUUCAAUGGUUCAAAGAGGAAUAUUGAGUCUCGAGAUGUACAACACUACUGUUGGCAAGUGGGGUCAGGCGCACAGUCGCGCCCGUUAUGUCAUAAUACGCGUGCUUUUGGAAGCGUCUCCGGACUUGGUUUCCAUUGAAUUGGUUGAGAAGUCUCCCGAAGACGGAAAUCGCGAUCUUUCUAUUGGUUUGAAUCGAGAACUGAUCGCUUCGGUGGGGAAGAAAGCGAUCGGAGAUUUUCUGCUCAAACUUCAAGUGUAUAUUUCUUUGGGAGACAUUGAAUCGGCUGAACGCAUGUUCGACGCCUACAGUCAAGUAUCCAAUGAUUUGGAGCACCCGUUCCUCACGUAUAGGGAAGUAGUGUUGGAGCGCAAGAAACCGCGCAAAAUAUUCGUCCAGUCGUCGACCGAACUAUUGGAGGGCAAAGUCGUGGCCAAGAAGUACGCGUCCACUCACGAGGCACUCAUCCAGUCAUUCGCCGAUCACUUGCGCGACAAUGAAUCACAUUUGACUCUAAGAAGUGCUCAAUUGAAUGUAGACUUUCAACAAUUAUACGACAAUAGCAUUGGACGUGUGGUUCAAAUUAAAGCGGGAACGGGAGUCGGGACGGGAAUAAUAGUGUCUCAUUUGGGAUUAAUCGUGACCAACGCUCAUGUGGUCAGAGGUUUAUCGCACGUAAACGUAAUAUUUUUUUAUGAAUACGAAAUUAAAGAUGUGUUGGAAGGAUACGACUCGACUGAAGACAUGUCUGAGAUGAAGGGACAGGUGGUGUAUGUGUGGCCACACAUGGACUUAGCGUUGAUUAAGAUUUAUAUUAAAUCGGAUUUAUUUUAUGACUGCGAUAUGUCAUUAUCGGAGCCAACAAUAGGGGAAGCGGUGAUGGCUAUCGGGAAUCCGCAGGACUGCGAGGGGGCCGUUGCCGUCGGUAUGAUCGCCGGUCACUACCAAUGGAUGACUAACUCUAUGGACAAUCAACAGUUUAUUCAUGGCAUGAAUUCUCCCGAAAACCGAUAUAUCAUUCACUCGGCGCCCAUCUUUCAGGGCUAUUCCGGGGGACCACUACUGAACUCCACGGGACAUCUCAUUGGCGUUAACUUUCUCCGCGCACUUCACGUGAGAUGCGCUGCUUUUGCACCCGAUGUCAACGGUUUGUUGUAUUUGUAUUGA